CCCCUGGUGUGCAGGAACGGACCUCCAGAUGUUUCCGAGCCUCUCCUCUGAAGUUAUUUCAGGAAUAAUAUUGACAUAGGCCGGUAGGACAGUGGAGAAGGCAAUACCAGGGGUGCAGAUUGGGCUCGGCGCAAUCUCUCAGGUCGUAUUUUUGAAAUCCACUUCCUCCCAAGUGCCCAUAAGCUUGUGUCUUUCUCAGCCGUCUGUUUCAUCUGUCAGUCAUUAGCAUUCCACAGAUGUUAAGUACAUUUACAAAAAAAAAAAUAGAUCCAAGUCUUGGGAAGUCGAGAGAAAGGGACUAUUCACUCUGAGUAAUUUUUCUUCCUGAGAGCCAAAUAUAUAGCCAGCAACUGCUGCAGAGCACAAGGAUCUCCCUAAUCUCCCGCAGGAGCUAAGCCAUGGUCCGACCUUCCUAGGAGACAGCUUUUAUAGGAUAAAAAGACACAGCGACCCCCAAUAUCUGUCUGUCACCUGCUAAAUAUUAAGCUAUAUCUGGGUAAUGCCUCGCGUCCUGUAACCGGAGGGAAUUUCUGCAAGGGGUACAAUGAGGCAGCUCCUUGCCCUACGUCUGACUCUGAGCCUAUGGGUCGCUAUAUCAUUCAGCUCAGGCCAAAGCGGAGAUGACAUCCUGGCCGAUUUGGGGUCCGGUUACAUCCUUGACAAUCCUCAAGACCAACCCAAAGAGCCUCGAUAUCACCCACAGGACACAAACAAGUGUCAGCUGACCUUUGUGACCCCGCGCCAGGAAUCGUGCGCCAGGAAGGACAACCCUCCAAGCGUGAAGGAGAACCUGAAGUAUCUCCAGGACCUACUGCAGGACCACAACCGGGUCCUGCAGAGCCUGAAGUAUACAGUGAAUGCCGACGCCCAAGACAUGGGGUACCAACAGGUCAUCUCAGAGCAUAACAAAGGAAUCCGGGAGGACAACAAGGAAUUCUACGGGACACUGAACAAAAUCAUUCACGAGCUUCACACUCGGAUGGAUGAUGAUGGUGCCGAGGUGCUCGAUGAGAAGAAGAAAAUCAAGAAAAACUUCCUAAUGAUGGAUGAUCUUCUACAGACGACCUUCUACAUGGCGGAGAAGCUGGACAAGAAGUCUCAAGAUCUUGACGUCCUUCUGGAGAAACAGCUGGAAAGAUCCACUGCUUUAGCCUACAGAAACAUGUUGAAAUCCUGAUUAUGGACCAUCAAGCACAACUAGGGAUUCACAGAGAGGAGAGUGGGUCCCAAACCAAAUAUCAAUAUGGGCUUUUACCUCCACGCUCGGAGAGGCACUACGACCCUUGGCUGGUUUCCCCUAUGUGUGGCCAAUGUUGCGGUGCCCUUCAGAGGAGAAGCUUUGUGUAUGUUCAAACCAACCAGAGGUGAUGGGCCAACCUGAGUUGGAUUUCCCUCUCCGUGUGCCCCAUACUAGCCACAUGGGCUACCAGUAUGGUACAGACACCUUGGACCACCACUGAGGGCUCACGUAAUCUCAGCCAACAUGUAUCUGGUCAAAGCUACACUAUGUACCUUCAACACAAUGGCGGCUUUCAUCUUCACUUACUUACAGUUUUGACGUACUUUAUGUGUUGAACACAAUGGUGGCUUUCAUGUAAUCCACACAAUGGUGGUUGUUCGUUGGCAUCAGCUGCCUCUUUCAGACAUUGUGCUCAGAAAUGUGUAUUUUCCUAUAUAAGUGUAUGCUGUGAAAUAUCUUUAAUGCAGAUUUAUAGAUAUGUAUGUCAUUCAUGUAGCUGAUGUGAUAGCGGAUUAGUAAUCAUGCGGUGUACUCAUGUUAUGUAUGUAUAAAGAUGGUGAAGAAAGCCUGUCCUUCAACCAAAUAUGUCUUAGAAAAUAGAAAUGAAAACACAUGGCGUCAGUCUUCUGUCUUCAAUGAGAUUUUUCUUUUUUUUUAUUAAAUAGGUUCAGAAUUCUGUAUGAAUUCUUAAUGUGUCUUUCU